AUGGGUAUCCAAGCACUACCACAAGCUACUGUGCGAGCGCUGGGCGCAUCGCAGGUCUUGACCGAUCCCGCCGCCGUGGUCAAGGAACUACUCGAUAAUGCAUACGAUGCUAAUGCAACUUCGAUCGCUGUAGAGAUUCACAGCAACACCAUUGAUGUGAUUCAGGUCCGCGACAACGGCCAUGGCAUUGUACCUGAAGACCGGGCACUUGUUGCACGCCGUUACUGCACGUCGAAAAUAACGCACGACGAUGAUCUCAAAGACAUUGGCGGCUCCUCGCUCGGCUUUCGAGGCGAAGCACUUGCGAGUGCUGCGCAGCUGAGCGGCUCGCUAACGAUAAGUACCAAGAUUGAAGGGGAGCAAGUUGCCGCAGCUCUUAAGAUCAGCCAGAAAGGCGAAGUUGUUGCUCAAGAGAAAGCGUCUUUACCUGUUGGCACCACUGUCCGUAUCACCGACUUCAUCAAGGCCAAUCCUGUUCGUCGACAAGUUGUGCUCAAAAAUACCGAGAACUGCUUGAAGAAGAUCAAGCGCACGCUUCAAGCAUACGCCUUCGCAAGACCUCGAGUCCGACUUGCUCUGAAGGUGCUGAAAGCCAAGAACAAUAAGGGCGACUGGAUCUAUGCUCCGAAACCUGGUGGCAACGCCGAAGAUGCAGCAUUCAAAGUCGUCGGUGCAGCCUGCGCUUCGCAGUGUAUGUGGUCGAUACUCGAGGACGGCGGAUUUACUUUACAGGCUUUUCUCCCGCGUGCCGAUGCAGAGGCAAGCAAAAUCAUCGGCAUUGGAGCAUAUAUUUCGGUUGAUGCUCGACCAGUCUCUACUAGCAGAGGAGUCUUCAAGCAGAUCGUUAAGAUAUUUCGUGACGCCUUGAAAAAAGCAGCCCCGGAUUCUGCAGAUAUCAAGGACCCAUUUCUCUACCUUGAACUGACCUGUCCCCGCGGUAGCUACGACGCUAACCUGGAGCCUGCGAAAGACGAUCUCUUAUUCGAAGACUCUAGCUUAAUUCUCGAGAUCGCCCGCAAACUGUUCUCCGCAGCAGAUCCUGACCAGGAGCAGGUACCAGCACGUCCAGGCGUUCCAGACAUGCGUGGGGAGCAACAGCAGCAGGAACUUGCAAAUGCUGCUGGACAUCCUUCGGCAACUCCAGCACUUAUGAGAGCGGAUUCAAUACCUGCUCAUGGAGGCGAACACGCCCCCGAUGACGAAUUACCACCAAGAGCGUACCGAUCCACCAUGUAUGGGUGUGACGAGGAAGAUCUGGAGUUGCUUGAUCAGCGUCCACCCACGAGUCACAUAGAGGACGAUUUAGCAGAGAUGCGGCGCUCCAAGAACGACGUGACAGUUUCGAAUCCUUGGAUUGCAGCUAAGCUCAAUGCUUCCCUCCGACGGUCUUCGCCGAUGCAGGACGUUCAGCCAUUGCGCGGGCAAGAAGAUUCAGACAAUGCUGGCUUGUUAACGACGUCAAGUUCGCCAACGAAACAGCGUUGCGGUGUUAACAUGAGCACACUGCCAACUCCGCGACCUUCGUCGCCAUCGCCAAAUGAGGGCUUCCAUCCCUCAGCUCACGUUCCAGAUAUACGACUAGCUCGAGACGGUAGACUGAUCGGCUCAUCCGCACUUCCACCGCCACAGGUAUAUUCUCCGCUGCCCUCGCCCGAUGUUCACCACCCCGUCGAAUACAACUACGGCCCGUCAUUCGAGCCACCAGCCGGUACGCCACUUGAAGGCAUUGCAGAUUCUGUUUCAAGACCCCGACGCAGUGCCCGAAAGCCACCGGCACAGAAUCGAGUGAACAAGCCUUUCCAGCUCCCAACGACAGGUCAAACUCGAGAGAACGUGUGGUUUGAUCAUCUGCAGCAGCCACGGUUCCAGCAAAGACGAGGACAAAAUCACACGCAACACAAUCACGAUGGUCUUGUGGCACGGGGAGAAUUGGGCGACCUGAUCGACGAGCCUCGAGCAUUGACUCCGCCACAGCGCAAUCGCGACAUUCGAGACUUUGUUGGUAGAAAUGCAAGCGAUGCGAUUUCAUCUAUGAUCGAGCGCCGGAAUUAUGGACGGAGCGACGAUGCUCGCGUCCAUGCCUCUCCUGAACCCGAAACACUUGACUUGACCGAGGCGCAGCACACCAGUAACGGACACAAGCGGCAGCUAGGCUUCGUUCCCGCGAGUGAAGUGAUCGGCCUUGCAGAAGAGGAGGCCACUCCGCGCAAGCAGGCUGAUCAGCGUGCACCAAAGCGAAGAAGGACUCGCGAGAGAAGAGCUUUGGAGGAAUUGGACGUCAAUGCACCUGUCGUCACGAGUGAGAAUGUCAGCGACCAAGAGUAUCGUCCCAAUACAGACAAAAGUGUCCUGCCGAGAAGAAAGAGCUCGAACAAGCUGGGGCGCACCAAGUCGUCGAGACUGCCACUUGAGCGGACGCCUGCCAGAAAAGGAACGCACGACCUCACUUUGGACUACAGGACCUCCCCACAGGCCAUCAUGAAUAUGACUGGAAGGACGAAUGUGACUACUUCCUUGCUCAGCUACAACGAGCCAGCCAUACCAAUGGCCAAAGGUCUCGAUGCGGCUUCUUCACGUGUGCUGUCACUCACGGCCAGUUUGCACCAAUUGCUCGUGAGCGCUGGCGGGGACAAGGACGUGACCAACCCAGAAGCCCUGCUUUCAGAAGUCAAGGCAGCCUUUGCUCGACGGGAGCAGGUGACUCGUUCUCUGGAGGACGAUGAUGAGAUGCUCAUGUCUGUUCUGAACUGA